AUGUACGACGAAUGGGCAUACAUGGACGCGGCGAAGCCGGCUCCAAAGCCGGUAAGCCCGAAGAGAUCACGUGCCAAAAGCAUCAUUCAGUCCGUGGCCGUGGAGAAGGUGGUCCAAGUGACCCAGACAGAUGUGCUGGAGGUGCCUCCUUUGCGUCGACGGACACAGAGCGUCAAUGUGGGCUCGCUGGAGAGACCCGAGGUUGAGAAACUGCGCACAGAAUGGCCAUUCUCGAGGAGAGAAGUGGAAGAGCUCUUUUCUCCUUCCGGAAACAGCUCCCUACAACAAUCAGCAUCGUCAUCACAAGAAACAAACACGCCACAGCUCCAAAGGGCCACCACCAUGUACAUGCAGGCCACGUCGUACUCGCUGACGUGCUCCAAGCUGCUGGACCAGACUAACGACAUCAUUGGCUUGUUGGACACUCUGUCCGUUUCAUUCCUCAAGGUGGAAAACGACACGGAGAAGUUCCAACGCGAAUGCAAUGCGCUCAUGGACGAACAGACACAUUUGGAAACUCUCAUCGGUAAUCUGCAACAGAAUCUCGACAUGUUCACCCGCAUUGAAUCUGUCCAGAGACAGGUGACAGGAGGCAGUCACAACUUCAUCAAGACGCCAGCGUUUAGAUCCAUUCUGCAGCAGAUUGACGAGUCGCUUGUCUAUAUCCCCGAGCACAACAACUUCAAGGGUGCUGAGGAUUAUGAGCAGCGCUUCAUGGCACUUUUAGUGCGAUGUUUACGUCUGGUGGUGGUGUAUUUCGGCAACAAGGUGACGGAUAUUGGCGCAGAGGCACAGGAAAAGAUGGCUACCGUUUCUUCGUCGGCAGCCAGUCAUGCUCUCAUGUACAGCAAGUUUGAGCAGGCCACUAACCUGGGAGAAAUGGUGUCUGAGGUGUCAAAGCGAGCUCAGUAUCCACAGAUUGAGCCCAUGAUGCAGGAGCUAUACCAAAAGUAUUUUGCAGCCCGUCAACCAAUCCUGCGACCUCACAUUGAUAAAUCUGUGUUUGACAUUAACUCCUCCAGUGGCACAGACAGCGUCAAAUUCUGUCGGAAGGCGCUGUCGUUGUACAAGCAGAUUUUCAGCGACGAGAAGCGGCUCUUUGACCAUUUCUUCCCCGACGAGGGCCAUGGUCGACUUGCUGAAUGGAUGGAUGGACUGUUUGAGGGUCUGUAUGACCAGCUUCGAACUCGAAUACUUCGAGAUCGGUCUGUUUCUGUCUUGUGUGAGAUUGCCGUCAUCCUGCAGGACGAUGAGAGUAUGGAUGACGAUGGCUUUGGCAACCUGGUUUUCAACGCACUACAAGACGUCCAGUCACGGUUGGUGUUCAGGGCCCAAAAUAUCAUUGAUCAUGAGAUUGUUAACUACGUUCCUGGAGACGGAGACUUCUUGAUUGGUAGCAGAAGGACCAAUGAAAAAGAAGAUGAUAAGACAGCUUCUUCUUCUGUUGGCGACGAAUCUAACGCCGAUAUCUCCAAUGAUCUCCUUCAGGGCUGGUACCCUCCUCUACGACGAACUGUGAUUUUACUGUCGCAAAUAUACCAGUUGGUCAACUCGCAUGUUUUUGAUACCAUGGCUCACAAUGUGUUGCACGACUGUAUCACUUCGUUGAAUGUUGCACGUGUGGUGGCUCAGAAGCGCCUGGGUCCGUCUGACGCCGAGCUCUGGUUUAUCAAGAACCUGUUGAUGCUCAACUCACAGGUGGCUGAGUUUGACAUUCAGUUUGUGCCUGAGGAGAAGCAGCUUGACUUCUCGGGAGCUCUGGGCAUUCUGGGCCAGAUUGCGCGUGAGCGACGUGUGACCACCGACAAGGAUGGCAUUGCUGGUCUUGCACGAGCCUCUCUGCCUCGAGUCAUUAACUCCAUGAUGGACGCUCGUGUGGAACUUUCUGCCAACCUGCGUAACGCCAUCUCCACCAUGACCGAGUCUGAGGUGCGCCACAUUGCCAAGAGCAUCAUGACGGACCCCAAACCGGAGAACAUUGUGACUGACACGCGGCAACUGCGAGAAGACACGGCCUCAGAGAUUCCGCGGUCGUACACGAAGAUUAAGUCGUAUGUGGACGAUGCCCAGGCUGCGGAUGUGCUGAUUGAGGCCAUCCAGGACUUGUUGGUGCGCAACUACGACGAGUAUCAUCGUAAGAUGGUCACUCGGGGCAAGCCUGAGCAGCUGGAGGCUCUUAUGGAGGUGGAUGGAUUCGUCAGUUGGGUUGGAGACGUUAUUCAAAAGUUGUAUAUUAGUGAGCAAUAA